ACCCAAAGGCAGCAUCCGCACAAACCUGCUGUCGGACACCCUAAGCAACAAGCUUGACUGGACGAAACGCUCACUGCUGCAGUGCCGUGCAUUCUGGUUUGACGUGAAUAGCAAAAAAAAAAACGAGGUUAUUUAUCCCGACUAAACGUUGGUCUGAAUUUAACAGGAGGAAGGAAGAUGUCGGCGGUUUAUAAAGAUGACCAGGAAGACUGGCUGACAGUGUGUCUCAAGUACCUGCUCUUUGUUUUCAACUUUCUCUUCUGGGUGGGUGGAGCAGCUGUUUUGGGUGUAGGAGUCUGGACACUAGUGGAGAAGAGUGACUACUUGAGUCUGCUGGCCUCCAGCACUUUUGCUGUCUCAGCAUAUAUCCUCAUUCUGGCCGGCAGCCUGGUGGUGGUUACAGGCUUUUUGGGCUGUUGUGCUGUCAUCCGGGAGCAGAGAAGCUGUCUGUCUACGUAUUUCUUCUGCCUGCUGUUGAUCUUCUUGAUUGAACUGGUGGCUGGAGUACUGGCUUAUGUGUAUUACCAGAGGCUGAGUGAGGAGCUGAAGCAGCAUCUCAACCAGACUAUGACAGAGAACUACGCCCAGCCAGGGAAGGAGGCCAUCACAUUAGCUGUGGACAGACUACAACAGGACUUUAAGUGCUGUGGCAGCAACAACUCCCAUGAUUGGAUGGUAAGUGCUUACAUAUCAUCAAAGCUGGCAGAAGGCAGGGUGGUGCCCGACAGCUGCUGUAAAUCCAUCACCCCUCACUGUGGCAGGAGAGACCACCCCUCCAACAUCUACAAGGUGGAGGGUGGUUGCAUCACUAAGCUGGAGCAGUUUCUGGCUGACCACCUGUUGGUCAUUGGUGCUACGGGAAUAGGAGUGGCUUGUCUGCAGAUCUGUGGGAUGGUGUUCACCAGCUGCUUGUACAAAAGGAUCAAGAUAGACCCUUACUGAGCACACCAGGCCCCCCAACACACCACCUUCAACAGGCACAUGGAACAAUGACCUGCCGACGCCUAAACUUCAACCUCUGAAUCUUGGUGAUCUAAGCCAAGUGCACAGACGUGUUCCAGUCCAUCGCAGUCAGAAACAAAUUGUGCUAUUGACCAACCAGGCUGAUUUUUGGUUCCUCUUGUACAGUAUUGUACUUACGUUACAAUGUGCUUCAAUCCAGGCUUAUACAUUUCUGAUACCUGACUGAUCUCAGCCAACUGGAACAAUAUGUCUGUUUGCAUCAUUGCCUUGGCUUAGAUGCAUGCUUUAGUUUGAGCAGGACAAAAAAAGGACAUAUGUACUCAUAAUGCAUUCUACUCAACUAAUGAUGAUCCAAAUUGAUUUAUCAUGUUCUCACUGUGCAGAGAUUUAUAUGUUAGUGUUUUUUUGACUAUUCUAGUUCUUAGUUCAAUAAGCUGAGUAAGGGCGCAAUGUACACUGGUGUCACUGUUAAGGAAGAAAGGUAAUUUAUGGUUGUAUCUUUUGUGAACACAAUGUGCCUCUUUCAUAAUUCUGCUGGUAAAUCAUUACGUAUUAAUUCUGUGCCUGAAAUCUUUUAAAGGGAGCUGCCAAUGCACUGUGAUAAACUGCAGCAAAUGAAAUCUAGUUUACUAUCUUUAUAUUUGUAGUUAUGUCUAUAUUCCUGAAAAUAGCACUGAAUGUUGAACUGUAGGAUAGUUAUUUAAAUUAACUGAACACCAAUGGUAACACUCAAGUGUUACAAACAUUAAACAUUAUGUUCCCAGACAGUCUAAUAAGUAAAUGAAAGUCAUUUUCUCAAAUGGUUGCAGAUCCAUGAAUUUAUAACUCCACCUAGUGGUUGGCACUUGUCAUAUACUAUACAGUGUGUGACAUUAUAACUGAAUACUGCACUUUGUUCUGAUACCAUAUUGUGAAAUUCAGAAUUUCACAAUACAAAAUCAGCUAUUUAUCUUAAUAUAUGACACUAAAGAUACAUAUACAUGUCCGAUUGUAGAUUGUAACAUUAACACACAUUGCCUUCUGUGAAAUUGACUUAUUUUACUUACUUUACCAGAUACACUGAGGUUUCUUUCUCUACAGUGAAGAAGCUAACUUCUGCGAGAACCAAAGGAAGUAGUGUUUUUUUUUCUUUCAAAUCCUUUGUAACAAUAUCACCCCAUUGCCAAGACUCAGUACUCUGAAAAGGGACCUCAGAAUUUGUGUUUGUUUUCCUCCUAUUGACUUACAAAUGAAUAUAGAUGGUUGUUUAUGGGAUGAUGAUAAAGCAUUGGCAUGUGUUCCAACUACUGACUGUGCUAUUCAAAAUAUUGAUAUGAAACUCAAAUAAAUAUUUAAAGAUUGUUGCAUUAA